UAACAAGGGCAGAACCGUAAAAGAACACAGAACUAGGCAGACCUAACUAUAUAGCUCCAGGCAUAGAUGGAAAUUAGGGUUAGUUGUCACUUGGCCGGCUUCUUUCUCUGCCCAUCAAGCUCUCUCCUUCAGCCUCUGAUUCGCAGCCAUAAUGGGGAAAACAAGGGGAAUGGGAGCUGCUCGUAAGCUGAAAUCCCACCGUAGGAGGCAGAGGUGGGCUGACAAGGCUUACAAGAAGUCCCAUCUUGGGAAUGAGUGGAAGAAACCUUUUGCUGGGUCAUCCCAUGCCAAAGGCAUUGUUCUAGAAAAAAUUGGAAUUGAAGCUAAGCAGCCAAACUCUGCUAUCAGAAAAUGUGCUCGUGUUCAGCUGAUCAAGAAUGGGAAGAAGAUUGCUGCUUUUGUACCCAAUGAUGGUUGCUUGAACUACAUUGAGGAAAAUGAUGAAGUAUUGAUUGCUGGAUUUGGACGGAAGGGGCAUGCCGUUGGAGAUAUUCCUGGUGUCAGGUUCAAGGUUGUGAAGGUUUCUGGUGUCUCUCUUCUGGCACUAUUCAAAGAGAAAAAGGAAAAGCCUAGGUCUUAGGUUUUGUGUUACUCAUUCUCUACUCAAUUUGUGCUUUCAUAGAGAUGGUAGUGAGCAUUAUGUAAUGCAGAAAUCUGUGAACAACUAUUUCUUGCCCAAGAUUGAACUGGAGCCUGUUUUUCUUGAGAAUUCAAAAUUUUGGAAUAGCAAGCUGUUGAUGUUAUUGA